AUGGGAUACACUCACUAUUGGGGAGUUCGAGACUGGAAUGCCUCGGGGUGGAAGGAAGCUUGGCCCAAGCUAAUCCACGACGUGCCGCUCAUCAUCGAAGCGUGUGGGGUCGAGCUGAGCGGGCCCACUGAUGACGCGGAGAUCGUAACGCCGGUCCUUGCAGACGUUGAGAAAGGACUUGAUGUGAAUGGGGCCAGUGAUGACGCAUAUGAGCCUCUGAUAAUUAAGCCCAACGGAGAUGACUUCUUUUGCAAAACUGCACGCAGGCCAUACGAUGCCGUGGUGACGUCUAUUCUCCUGAGAGCCUUCAUGCUUGCUGGGCCAAAGGAGUUCUCUGUCUCCUCGGACGGGUACUGGGAUGAAUGGAACAUGGCACGCUCUAUCUGUGGCCGUCUCUGGCCGAAUGAGUCUAUCGAGUGUCCCUGGGGAGAGCAGGCGGGAGAGGAAGCUGAGUGGACACUAGAAGAUUCUGAGUCUCUGAUGGAGGAUGAAGUCGCAAACGAGCAAUCCCGACUCUAG